AUGGGUGUGGGUGAGAAUGGGAGCUUCUUUGGCAGUAGAAAGGCAUCGCUUCCAGUGUCGCGUUCAGACUCAAACUCAAACCAAAAUGAAGGAGGCCUUCGCAGACGUCUUUCCUCUCUGUCUCUCAAGAUCCAGGGGUCUCCAGUGGUAGGCGGAGCUGCAUCGUAUUGGUCGUUUCCCAGAUCCAAGUCCCUCUCAUCCGUGGGCGACUAUGCGGGCACCUCUAUAAGGAAAUGGUGGGACUGGAGCUGGGCUUGGAUCCUCUCUAGGAAGCCGAUCUUUGCUUCGGAUCUCGAAAUGAACGACCAGGAAACCAAGCUCCUUGGCUCCCACAGCAAGGGCACUUGGAGACAUGUUAUCUAUAAGAUGCGCUCUGAGAUCAGACGAUUCAUCACUUCUGAUCACGCCACCCUUCCUCAAACCUACUCCGCAUCUCCACACUCCUCCUCCUUCCAAUAA